UUCCCCCAAUCCCCUCAGGCUCGGCUGCGCCCGGGGCCGCGGGCCGGUACCUGAGGUGGCCCAGGCGCCCUCCGCCUGCGGCGCUGCCCGGGCCGCUCCUCCCCGCGCCCCCCGCGCCUCCGCCUCCGCCUCCCCCAGCUCUCCGCCUCCCUUCCCCCUCCCCGCCCGGCAGCGGCCGCUCGGGCCCCGGCUUUCGGUUAUAAGAUGGCGGCGCUGAGCGGUGGCGGUGGUGGCGGCGCGGAGCCGGGCCAGGCUCUGUUCAACGGGGACAUGGAGCCCGAGGCCGGCGCCGCGGCCUCUUCGGCUGCGGACCCUGCCGUUCCGGAGGAGGUGUGGAAUAUCAAACAAAUGAUUAAGUUGACACAGGAACAUAUAGAGGCCCUAUUGGACAAAUUUGGUGGGGAGCAUAAUCCACCAUCAAUAUAUCUGGAGGCCUAUGAAGAAUACACCAGCAAGCUAGAUGCACUCCAACAAAGAGAACAACAGUUAUUGGAAUAUCUGGGGAACGGAACUGAUUUUUCUGUUUCUAGCUCUGCAUCAAUGGACACCGUUACAUCUUCUUCCUCUUCUAGCCUUUCAGUGCUACAAUCUCUUUCAGUUUUUCAAAAUCCCACAGAUGUGGCACGGAGCAACCCCAAGUCACCACAAAAACCUAUCGUUAGAGUCUUCCUACCCAACAAACAGAGGACAGUGGUACCUGCAAGGUGUGGAGUUACAGUCCGAGACAGUCUAAAGAAAGCACUGAUGAUGAGAGGUCUAAUCCCAGAGUGCUGUGCUGUUUACAGAAUUCAGGAUGGAGAGAAGAAACCAAUUGGCUGGGACACUGAUAUUUCCUGGCUUACUGGAGAAGAAUUGCAUGUGGAAGUGUUGGAGAAUGUUCCACUUACAACACACAACUUUGUACGAAAAACAUUUUUCACCUUAGCAUUUUGUGACUUUUGUCGAAAGCUGCUUUUCCAGGGUUUCCGCUGUCAAACAUGUGGUUAUAAAUUUCACCAGCGUUGUAGUACAGAGGUUCCACUGAUGUGUGUUAAUUAUGACCAACUUGAUUUGCUGUUUGUCUCCAAGUUCUUUGAACACCACCCAAUACCACAGGAAGAGGCCUCCUUAGCAGAGACUGCCCUAACAUCUGGAUCAUCCCCUUCCGCACCCACCUCAGACUCUAUUGGGCCCCAAAUUCUCACCAGUCCGUCUCCUUCAAAAUCCAUUCCAAUUCCACAGCCCUUCCGACCAGCAGAUGAAGAUCAUCGAAAUCAAUUUGGGCAACGAGACCGGUCCUCAUCAGCUCCCAAUGUGCAUAUAAACACAAUAGAACCUGUCAAUAUUGAUGACUUGAUUAGAGACCAAGGAUUUCGUGGUGAUGGAGGAUCAACCACAGGUUUGUCUGCCACCCCCCCUGCCUCAUUACCUGGCUCACUCACUAACGUGAAAGCCUUACAGAAAUCUCCAGGACCUCAGCGAGAAAGGAAGUCAUCUUCAUCCUCAGAAGACAGGAAUCGGAUGAAAACACUUGGUAGACGGGACUCGAGUGAUGAUUGGGAGAUUCCUGAUGGGCAGAUUACAGUGGGACAAAGAAUUGGAUCUGGGUCAUUUGGAACAGUCUACAAGGGAAAGUGGCAUGGUGAUGUGGCAGUGAAAAUGUUGAAUGUGACAGCACCUACACCUCAGCAGUUACAAGCCUUCAAAAAUGAAGUAGGAGUACUCAGGAAAACACGACACGUGAAUAUCCUACUCUUCAUGGGCUAUUCCACAAAGCCACAACUAGCUAUUGUUACCCAGUGGUGCGAGGGCUCCAGCUUGUAUCACCAUCUCCAUAUCAUUGAGACCAAAUUUGAGAUGAUCAAACUUAUAGAUAUUGCACGACAGACUGCACAGGGCAUGGAUUACUUACACGCCAAGUCAAUCAUCCACAGAGACCUCAAGAGUAAUAAUAUAUUUCUUCAUGAAGACCUCACAGUAAAAAUAGGUGAUUUUGGUCUAGCUACAGUGAAAUCUCGAUGGAGUGGGUCCCAUCAGUUUGAACAGUUGUCUGGAUCCAUUUUGUGGAUGGCACCAGAAGUCAUCAGAAUGCAAGAUAAAAAUCCAUACAGCUUUCAGUCGGAUGUAUAUGCCUUUGGGAUUGUUCUGUAUGAAUUGAUGACUGGACAGUUACCUUAUUCAAACAUCAAUAACAGGGACCAGAUAAUUUUUAUGGUGGGACGAGGAUACCUAUCUCCAGAUCUCAGUAAGGUACGGAGUAACUGUCCAAAAGCCAUGAAGAGAUUAAUGGCAGAGUGCCUCAAAAAGAAAAGAGAUGAAAGACCACUCUUUCCCCAAAUUCUCGCCUCUAUUGAGCUGCUGGCCCGCUCAUUGCCAAAAAUUCACCGCAGUGCAUCAGAACCCUCCUUGAAUCGGGCUGGUUUCCAAACAGAGGAUUUUAGUCUAUAUGCUUGUGCUUCUCCAAAAACACCCAUCCAGGCAGGGGGAUAUGGAGAAUUUGCAGCCUUCAAGUAGCCACCAUCAUGGCAGCAUCUGCUCUUAUUUCUUAAGUCUUGUGUUCGUACAAUUUGUUAACAUCAAAACACAGUUCUGUUCCUCAAAUUUUUUUUUAAAGAUACAAAAUUUCCAAUGCAUAAGCUGAUGUGGAACAGAAUGGAAUUUCCCAUCCAACAAAAGAGGAAAGAAUGUUUUAGGAACCAGAAUUCUCUGCUGCCAAUGUUUCUUCAACAAAAAUACCACAAGCGUACAAGUCUGCCCAGUCCCGGGAAGAAAGAGGAGAGACCCUGAAUUCUGACCUUUUGAUGGUCAGGCAUGAUGGAAAGAAACUGCUGCUACAGCUUGGGAGAUUUGCUAUGGAAAGUCUGCCAGUCAACUUUGCCCUUCUAACCACCAGAUCAAUUUGUGGCUGAUCAUCUGAUGGGGCAGUUUCAAUCACCAAGCAUCGUUCUCUUUCCUGUUCUGGAAUUUUGUUGUGGAGCUUUUUCCUCUAGUGACCACCAGUUAAUUUCUGAGGGAUGGAACAAAAAUGCAGCUUGCCCUUUCUGUGUGGUGUGUGUUCAGGCCUUGACAAAUUUUAUCAAAAGGAAACUAUUUUAUUUAAAUGGAGGCUGAGCAGUGAGGAGUAGAUGCAUCUUGGUAUGGAGGAAAAGGGCAUGCUGCAUCUUCUUCCUGACCUCCGGGGUCUCUGGCCUUUUGUUUCCUUGCUCACUGAGGUAUCUGCCUAACCAAGCAGGCUAGAUAGUGCUGGCACACAUUGCCUUCCUUCUCAUUGGGUCCAGCAAUGAAGAUAAGUAUUUGGGGAUUUUUGUUUCCUCCACAAUGUAGCAAAUUCUCAGGAAAUACAGUUUAUAUCUUCCUCCUAUGCUCUUCCAGUCACCAACUACUUAUGCGGCUACUUUGUCCAAGGCACAAAAUGCCAUGGCAGUAUCUAACUAAAACCCCACAAAACUGCUUAAUAACAGUUUUGAAUGUGAGAAAUUUAGAUAAUUUAAAUAUAAGGUACAGGUUUUAAUUUCUGAGUUUCUUUUAUAUUUUUAUUAAAAAGAAAAUUUUCAGAUUUAAUUGAAUUGGAAAAAAAAUACUUCCCACCAGAAUUAUAUAUCCUGAAAAUUGUAUUUUUGUUAUAUAAACAACUUUUAAGAAAGAUCAUUAUCCUUUUCUCUACCUAAAUAUAAGGAAUCUUAGCAUAAUGACAAAUAUUUAUAAUUUUUCAAUUAAUGGUACUUGCUGGAUCCACACUAACAUCUUUGCUAAUAAUCUCAUUGUUUCUUCCAACUGAUUCCUAACACUACAUCCCACAUCUUCUUUCUAGUCUUUUAUCUAGAAUAUGCAACAAAAUAAAAAUGGUGGCGUCUCCAUUCAUUCUCCUCCUUCCUUUUUUCCCAAGCCUGGUCUUCAAAAGGUUGGGCAGUUUGGCAGCUGAAUUCCCAGACAGAGAAUAGAGCAAUUUUAGGGAUAUUAGGACUGAGGGAGGGUGUGGGAAACCUGUCAUCGGUGGUUUUUAUAGAAGGAGCUGGCGUUCAUUAAGAACCUAAAUCUUUAUCUUUGCACAAAUGGAAAAUAUAACCUAGUUAUAGCUUCCAUUGGCCUUUAUUAAAGGGUAAUAUCAAUCACAGUCAUAGCAAAGAAAGCAGUUGUAUUAAUGGCAAAUUAAUGGAAAACCUCCCUUAUCAGGAAUCUAGACUCAGAAUUUAGGAACGUAAAUCAAAUCAGACCAACCAAGCUAUAGCCAAGGACUUGAAAGAAACGAGACCCAGAAUAAAUCAAGGAAUUAUAAAUUGUUAUUUAAAAUUUUCAGAUUGUAACUCCAGGCCCUGCUCUCUGUAUUUCAGCUUACUAAAAGCUCACUACCAUUAGAUUUUUGCUAACAUACAUGUAUUCAGAAGAAAACCUAUUGAAAUGUUCAUUGUCUUGUAAAAGAUUGUGCUAGGAAAAUGGAAAAGAUCCUUAAGUUAUUCAUCAGUUUGAAAAGCAAAUUGUUUUUAAGUUUUACAUCAACAGGGCAGUGUCUUACAAAAUUCAGAAACUGCAAAGGUGAAAAUAAUUCACGCUGAUUUAAAGAACAUUGUGCAUAAUACUGCCUCUCUUGAAAAGCAUUAGCUAUUUUUUUCUUUUUAAAUAUAUCUCUAGAUGCUUUUAAAUGUGGCUGUGUUCCCUUUACCAAGAUUGGCUUCAAGUUUCUGCAGGUAGAGAGACCUGGGCUUGAACAAGAGGAUGUGUUUCAUAUCCUGCCAAGGAGGCAGAACGUGUGCAGCCUGGAUCCAGGACUGCCUCCGCGGGGCAGGGGCAGUACCAUUAGGGAGGAAGCUUAGCAUUUCAGUUUCCUAAACAACAUUCAGGGUGAUACACUUUUUCUUCCCUUGCAUUUUAGAAUAGGCUGGUAUCUCAUUUGAACAGGGGAGCAGACUUGAUCUCAAAUGAAGCUGUGCCCAGGAGCCAGGCUCAGUAUAUUGAGAUUUUUAUAGAGACCUUUAAAAAUAAAAUACUUAAACUUCUCUUUUCUUCCUUUUUCUACGAAGUAGGUUUUGUCUCUAGUUUACAAAUGACAUGAAAAUAGGUUUUAUUUGUGUUUUAUCUGCUUUAUUUGUUGAUGCCUAGACAACAGAUAGACUUACUGAGCUCCUAAAAAUGAGGAAGAAGUCCUUAUUUGUGAAAAGCACUUUAUGAGUAAUUGUAUAGACAGUAUGUGGCUGCGUCACUGAUCAUCUUGUAAGGGUGUAACAGUCUGGUCUGUAAAGUGGCUGCAGUGCCUUCUGUAGUGUGUUUUAUUUUUGGUAGGGAGAGGUAAAGCCUUCUGAAAAAUUUGAGAGCAACUAUAGAGGACUAUUUGUAACUGUGUAGUAUUCCUGAUGGACUUUUUUCAUCGUUAGAGUCUAGGACCUAGACUUUUGCCACUGAAAUAAUAUUGACCAAAAAAAGUAGUUUAUAAAACGGAUUUGUGAAUAGAAAAUUCAAUGUGAUCAUUUGUUGUUAAUGUGCACCUUAAAAGAAGAUUGUGUCUAGCUGUCACAUUCUGGUUCCUGAAUAUCCCACCCCUGACUGUAUUUGAGAUCUAGUAGGGCAUACUGGGGCAUUCUAGAAGAUAAAAUCCCAUACAAAUGAUAUAUGCUAUAUUUAUGUUGGUGUUGGAGAAGAAGGAGCAGUAUAUAAAGAAAUAAUUCAAGACUGCAGCACUGUCAACCUGAAACUUUGUAAAUAUUUCCUAGCUUCUGGUUUGGUGCAGUGACAGCACUUUCAUCGCAGGAUGUUACCUUGUAUUCAUCAGGUGGAGUGCGAGCUGCUGCACACCCUCCUCAGAUCUCACCUGUCCCCACUGUACAUCCACCUGCCAGCCGCUUGCAAACCUCAUCUCUAGCUUUAGUUUGAAACCACAUUGCAGGGUUCAGGUGACCUCUUCAAAAACUACCUCCUCAGAAUGAGGUAAUGAAUAGUUAUUUAUUUUAAAAUAUGAAAAGUCAGGAGCUGUAGAACAUGACGAUGAUUUAAGAUUUUAACUUUUUUGUGUACUUGUAUUUGAGCACUCUCAUUUUGUCCUAAAGGGCAUUAUACAUUUAAGCAGUAAUACUGUAAAAAAAUGUGUUGCUCAGAAUAUCUGAAUGUUGUUGAAAGUGGUGCCAGAACCGGUUUAGGGGUACGUUUCAGAAUCUUAACCUUGAGUCAGUUGCAUGAAAUUAAAUAGCUGUGGUAUCACUUCACUAACAGUGAUGUAAUUUUAAUUUUCAGUAGGCUUGGCAAGACAGUACGUCCUCAUAAUGAGCUUGCUGCAGCUUUGUCACAUGCACAGGCAUUCAUAGAGACUGCCCAGCUGAGAGGGUAGAAUGUUACUCUCUUUGCAAGAUUGUCUUCUUUGUCCAAGUUGGCAUUGUUAGUGCUAGAAUACCAGCACCUUGAGACUAGCAGAUUCCAACCAUUAGGCUAUAAACACCAUAGCCAGAGAUGGAAGGUUUACUGUGAGUAUGAAGAGCAAAUAGCUUACAGGUCAUGUGUCGAAAUGGUGUAGGUGAGGCUCUAGAAAAAUACCUUGACAAUUUGCCAAAUGAUCUUACUGUGCCUUCAUGAUGCAAUAAAAAAGCUAAAAUUUUAGCAGAAAUCAGUGAUUUGUGAAGAGAGCAGCCACUCUGGUUUAACUCAGCUGUGUUAAUAAUUUUUAGAGUGCAAUUUAGACUGCAUAGGUAAAUGCACUAAAGAGUUUAUAGCCAAAAUCACAUUUAACAAUGAGAAAACACACAGGUAAAUUUUCAGUGAACAAAAUUAUUUUUUUAAAGCACAUAAUCCCUAGUAUAGUCAGAUAUAUUUAGCACAUAGAGCAACUAGGUUGAAAAUAUAGUUCAGUGACAUUUCUAGAGAAACUUUUUCUACUCCCAUAAGCUCUUCAAAGCAUGGAACUUUUAUACAACAGAAAUGUUGACAGAAAUUUCAAGAAAUUGCUGUAGUUUAGGGUUGAAGUACUGUAUGAUGGGCAGCAAUCAUAUAUUAACUUAGAAGGGGAAAUUGAAAUACAGGACCAAAUUUGGUUUUAUCAGUUUCCAGAGUACUGCUGCCAACCUAGACACUGAUUUUUCAGAGUUUGAAAUGUAAAUUUCUUCCCAGGACUUGCUUGCACAUGAAGCUGGACUGCGUUAGUCAUCCUGUCCCAAAGCACUGUCGGGGCCAGGGUGGAGGUCUCAAGGCGUCCUUUUAUGACCUGGCCGUUGGAUGUAAAAGAAAACAUAUUCCAUGGUGUGGUUCUUGUAUCUUGUUUCAUUCCUCACCAUUGAAAGAGGAAGUCCAUGUAUUGUCUCCAGCACAUCCUUGAAAUGUUGUACUGGGAUGGAUUACUGAUGCCCAUUGGUAGAUGAACCCCAGAGGAGGGUUGUAGCAUGUCUGCCCCAGGCGAUGAUUUGUGGCUUGGCCAGAGGAGAGCGGAGUCACCAGUGUAUCUGUGGUCCAUGUUGCUAGCUCUGAUAAAAAUAUUGGUAAGAUGUUUAUUAGUACACUAGACAGUAAGCUCUGUUUUGUUUUCAAAUAACCUAUUUUCACUUUUGUUUAGGCAAAGACAUUUAAAUUGAAAUUCAAUUCUAAUUUUUGUUAAUUGUGGAAAGGGUAAUUAACAGUUCCUAUCAGGUAUUUUUAAGGUAGAAAAGGACAGAAACCCAACACCUAAAUUAAAUUAAGGUAACAGUGCUUUAAAAAAAAAAAAAAAUGCAGGCCGGG